AUGCCUACAAAAAAUCCACCCUUCAAGAUAAUUCUGGGCUCUUCUUCCAAGGCUCGUAGAGAUAUUCUUACUGAGAUGGGAUACGAGUUCACAAUAAUGACUGCAGACAUUGAUGAGAAAGGUAUUAGGAGGGAAGAGCCAGAAGAUUUGGUAAUGGCAUUAGCUGAGGCAAAGGCUGAUGCUAUUGUCCAAAGGCUCCCUCCUGGAAGUCGAUUGGAGGAAGAUGAUUCUACAACACUGUUAAUUACUGCGGACACGGUGGUGGUGUAUCGAGGAAUAAUCAGGGAAAAACCAACUAGUGAAAAAGAAGCACGAGAAUUCAUCAAAGGAUAUUCUGGUAGUCAUGCAGCAGUGGUAGGAUCUGUUGUAGUAACCAACCUUGCAACUGGAAAACGUUGUGGGGGUUGGGACAGUGCAGAGGUUUAUUUCCUUGAAAUUCCAGAUGAGGUCAUUGAUAGUCUGAUUGACGAGGGAAUUACAUUCAACGUUGCUGGAGGUCUGAUGCUGGAACAUCCAUUGACAUUACCCUUUGUGGAUGCAGUAGUUGGCUCAACUGAUACAGUGAUGGGACUUUCCAAAGCUCUUACAGAGAAACUCUUAUUGGAAGCUCUAUAG